GUGCAGACGCGGGAUGUAUUUUGGGGUCUGCUACUGGCCACGACUUUUCGCAGAGGUUGAAUGAGACGCAGCUACCUUGUACUUGACGACGGCAACUUUUGUUCCUUCUCCAUCUCUCCCUCUUCUAGUAUUCUAUUCUCUUCUGUUGCCCUGAUUAAAAUUAUUGAUUUUUGCUAGUCCUCGUCUGGUCCAGGUACGAGCUGGUGCCUGGCGGGGUGGCGGCGGCGGCCAAAUCAACGGAUUUCUCCUCUUGAAUCUCCGCCCAACCUUCCUUCAAUCCCACCUCCAUCUUCUUCCUCCUGUCCAGUUCCCUCCUCAGUUCUUUCCUUUCCCUUGCUUCAAGGUGGCUCGAUCUAGCCGUGGGAAUUCAGUCCCUGGCUUUUGAGUCAUGGGAAGCAAAUUCAAACCAGUUGGGCCAAGAUUGUAGGCUUCUUUGUCCAGACACCUUCAACUUCUGUGGCCUAGAUUGAACAACCAUCAUCUCCAGUUUCCGAAAUAUGGUGGUGGCUCCAGAUGGUGGUGGUAAUGAGAAGAAACCUGAUGGCGAGAUACACGAAGAAGCCGCAGGAGGACCCGGGAACAUCAACGUGAAGGAUCACAUAGCACUCUACUUCAGCUCACCCAAAGCAAAUGGACACGCCUUUGAGCAGCUGCAGGAGACAUCCUACCGGUUCACGCCAUUUGAGGUGCCGUCCUCCAACCUGCAGCCAUCAAGCUCCCCUUCCUCCUCGUCCAGGGAGAUAAUGCUCGGCGACCAACGAAACGGCUCUUCGGGGUCCUUCCGCUCGUCUCGAAGGUCCUCGAGGCGCUUCGCGAUACCUCUGGUGAAGAAGAUCGACUGGGGAUCCUUGUGGGGCAAGUCCAAGGUGUGGAUCAGGAACCCGGUGAACAUGGCCCUCUUCGUGUGGGUUGUUGCUGUUGGAGUUUCAGGCGCCAUCCUCUUCAUGGUGAUGACAGGGAUGCUGAACCGCGUUCUGAACAAGGCUCAGAAGGACACCUGGUUCGAGGUGAACAAUCAGAUACUGAAUGCUCUGUUUACCCUCAUGUGCCUGUACAACCACCCGAGACGGUUCUACCACCUGGCCUUGCUGUGCCGGUGGCGAGCCGCCGACAUGCUCGCGCUCCGGGAGAUGUACUGCAAGGAUGGGACUAUCAAGCCCAACGAGAGGAAGCACAUGAUGGUGGUGAUCCUGCUGCUUCACCUUAACUGCUUCGCACAGUAUGCCAUGUGUGGCCUCAACCUGGGCUUGCCGAGGAGCAGGCGUCCGCCAGUGGGCGUCGGGCUGACAAUCUCGGUGGCAAUAUGUGCGCCGGCGGUCGCUGGCCUGUACAAGAACCUCAGCCCUCUCGGGAAAGACUACGAGGCACAGGCCGCCGAUGAGGAGUCUGGUUCGCCGCAGCUCCAGAGAAAGACCAUCGAGAAGCGGUACUCCUUUGCCAUGCACAGUGUCGUCUUCGAGCAGGAAGGUGCUGCGUCGUCGUCUACGGAGCUUAACCCGGUGUGGAAGGGCGGCGUGUUCGACCUGUGGGAUGACAUCUCCCUCGCCUACCUCUCCAUGUUCUGCAGCUGCUGCGUGUUUGGGUGGAACACCAGCCGGCUCGGGUUUGGCAACAUGUACGUGCACACCGUGACCUUCAUCCUCUUCUGCCUGGCCCCAUUCUUCAUCUUCAACCUCGCGGCGAUCAACAUCGACAACGACGGAGCAAGGGCCGCGCUUGGUCUCGGCGGCACCCUCCUCUGUGUGCUUGGCCUGCUCUAUGGCGGGUUCUGGAGGAUCCAGAUGCGCAGGAGGUUCAGGCUCCCCGCCAACCAUUUCUGCUGCGGCAAGCCGGACGUGACCGACUGUUUCCAGUGGCUCUGCUGCUGCCCCUGCUCUCUUUCUCAGGAGGUCAGGACGGCCGAUGCCUACCAGAUUGUGCAAGAAGAUAGGAUGCAACGCCACCAUCGCAGAGACGAUGAUUCCAACUCGCAGGUCCACAUGCCUAGCCAUGGUGAUGAUGUGCAGCAGCAACAGCCAAUGAGGUUUGCAGGUGUUCUCGUACCAAAUGGGGCCACUAAUACCAGUACCAACACAAUACCACCUGCUGUACCUGUAGUUAUACAUAAAUAGAUAACAACUUGUAUGGUUAGAUAAAUCAGUAAACUUAACUUUACAGAUCUCACAGUAAUUCAUUGUACAUUUAAGAGGAUAAGGCUUCUAAAUAUUAUUAGAGUAUAUACCUUGUUCU